AUGUACAAGCUCAUCCGCCGCAUCUCCAGCUCAUUUUUCCCUCGGCCCGACCGACCCUGGAGCGAAGACGCGACGUCCUCUGCACCGCAGAUCGGCCGGAAGCGGCGGUUGAGCUCGACGGAGCCCGACUCCGAACCAUCCGCGAAAAAACAGCGCUCAGAGUCUGUGGAUGAUAGCCAGGCGACGAGGGAGGAGACCCCCGUACGCACUGGGAGGGAGGCGGAGGAACCCGAGGUGAAGGCGGUCACGAAGGGCGUGAAGGAGGUCGAGCUGGAGGACAAGCCCGCAGCUUCGGCUGCAACGGCUGCCGCAGUCCCUCUUCCUGACUCGCCGACACUGCAACCUACUCAGGAGGCAGAGGAGGUCAAGUCAGAGUCGACAGAGUCGACAGAGGAGAAGGUGGAGGAGCCUGUCGUGGAAGCGACUACGACCGAACAGGCGCCCAGCGCAUCGGACGAUGUUGCACCUGUCACAGUUUCUACCGAACCUCUUGCCGGGGACGAGAAGACGAGCGAUGCAGAUGCUGAAGGCGAGGAGAUUCCCGGUCUGAGCGCUGUUGCAGAGAAGGGUGCGGAGAGCAAGGCAGAUAGUGCGGAGAAGAGGGAAGCGACCCAGCCUCAACCUGAGGCGGACGAGUCCACAAUCGACCAUCCCUGA